UAUAGAUAACAGUAAGAGUGAUUCUCAAUAUAUAAAAUGCAGAAUCUACCAGUGCAACAAGUUUAUAAGUAAUUGUGGGAAUUUAUUUAAAUAGAUCACCGUGGUCGAUUGAAUAUAAUAUUUGAAUUCUUUUAGUACGUGUGUAAUAUGACGUGGAAUCCUUUAAAAAAGAAUCACUUAACACAGAGACCUACACCAGCACAGUCUCUGUUAUCCCAUGCAGAGGAUAGGGAGCUUGAUAUUGCUGUUCAAAGACUCAUUAAUCUUGAAGAUACAAUUAGAAAACUGAUAAAAGAAAUGAAGAAGUAUAUAGAAGCUGUUCUGAAUUUAGAUCGAGCAGAUCGAAGACUGACAGUAAAUCUGACCACGUGUGGUCUAGCUCAUCUCAGUGAUGAAUUUAGGAAGAUAGUAGAAGACUAUCACUCUGUUACAACACAGGUUGGAGAGACUGUGCAAGAAAUGGCAGUUCUUUGUCAGAAAACUUUCAUUGAACCUUUGAAAAAAUUACGAGACGAGUUUGCUUUAAUAGCUGCCGCAAUAGCUAAACGUGAAGAGCUAGUCACUAAUUGGAAAUACUCUUACAAUCGAGUCAAGAAGUUACAGGAGAAGAAAGACAGAACUGCUAAUCACAUUGCAAAGUUAGAAAGAGAACGAAGGACAGAAGAAGCAGUUGCAAAAGACCUGAAGACUUUCCAUGCUCAAUUGCUUAUUGAAUUGCCAGCGUUUCUAGACAAGAGAUUAGAAUACAUUAAGCCCAGUGUACACGCUUUAAUCACGAUACAGUUAGACUACUAUGGGAGCACGACAAAGUUAUUCACACAUUUAAUGCCAGUUUCAAACGUUUCGGGAUCGCCAUCCAGUGCCAUGGUACCCGAAGACGAGUAUCAACAGUCAGUGGUUAAUGAGAUAAACAGAAUAAGAGCUCUUAUCAUUGUCAAGAAUCAUUAAAUGUCUGGA